GCCGGCUUGGUCUGGGUGGGGGGCAAGCGCGAGUAUCUUGCCUUCGUGCCAUUCCGAGGGCACCCUUCGAAUCCUCCUCGCCUUCGCACGGCGGAACUUGAGGGAAAAACUUUCCCGCACGGACGGCGCCCGCCACCUUGCGCUCGCGGAGCUUCUACCCCGGCCUCUGCUACCCCGGUCUCCGGAGCCAUGGACAGGCGCGCGCUGCUGGCAACCCUGUGCCUUUGGAGCCACUGCCUCGUCGCUGUCUCCUCCGAGCCCGGCGCCCCGAGCAGCAACGCCGGCGCCGCCCGCACCACCUCGGUCCCAAGGAGCACUACGGACAAAAAGAGGGACUUCAAUGGCAUUGAGAGCAAAUUUUCUUUAAGGACACCUGGGAAACCUGAUGAAGACACCUGCCUCAUAGUUCCUGGCCAGGAAACCAGUGUAGCGCAGUGCAACUUCAAUCACACCAGUAAAACCUUUGUGGUUAUACAUGGAUGGACGGUGACUGGCAUGUACGAGAGCUGGGUCCCCAAGCUGGUAAAGGCUCUGUAUCAAAGGGAACCUGACUCAAAUGUUAUUGUCGUCGAUUGGCUGGCUCGAGCCAGCUUACAUUAUCCAGAUUCUGCUGCCUACACAAAGGAGGUGGGAGAAGAUGUUGCCAAGUUUGUUGACUGGCUGGAGGAGCAAUUCAGUUACUCACUGAAUAAAGUCCAUUUGCUGGGAUACAGCCUUGGUGCCCAUGCUGCUGGCAUCGCUGGGAGUCUGACCACUAAUAAGAUUAACAGAAUUACCGGUUUAGAUCCCGCUGGCCCUAACUUUGAAUAUGCUGAGGCAUCCGUACGCCUUUCCCCAGAUGACGCUGUCUUUGUCGAUGUCUUGCACACUUUCACAAGGGGGUCCCCAGAUCGCAGCAUUGGAAUACAGAAGCCUGUUGGGCAUGUUGAUAUCUACCCUAAUGGAGGUAUCUUCCAACCUGGUUGCAACGUCGCGCAAGCCCUGCUCCUGAUUGCAGAAGGAGGACUUCAAGAUGCAGAUCAGCUGCUGAAAUGCUCCCAUGAACGCUCCAUUCACCUCUUCAUCGACUCCCUCUUGUACGAGGAAAAACCAAUCAUGGCCUAUCGCUGCAACUCAAAAGAAGCGUUUGACAAAGGGCUCUGCUUGAGCUGCAGAAAGAACCGCUGCAACAAUUUAGGCUACAAAGCCAACAGAGUGAGAAGCAAGAGGGGCACCAAGAUGUAUCUGAAGACUCGAAGUCAAAUGCCUUAUAAAGUCUUUCAUUAUCAAGUCAAGAUCCAUUUUUUCGCAAAGGUGAAUACAACCAAGAAAGACCAGCAAUUCCGUCUCUCUUUCUAUGGCACUAAGGAUGAAAGUGAGAAUAUUGCGAUUUCACUGCCCGAGAUCUCCACAAACAAAACCCAUUCAUUCCUGGUAUACACAGAGGUUGACAUUGGGGACUUGCUCAUUGUCAAAAUCCAGUGGGAGAAAGGGUCAUUUCUCGACUGGGCCGAUUGGUGGAGUACCCCUGAGUUUGGCAUCCAAAAAGUCAGAGUCAAGGCCGGAGAAACCCAGAAAAAGUUGGUGUUCUGUUCUCGUGAUGGAUUCUCUUACCUCAAAAAAGGAGGCGGAGCUGUGGAAUUUGUGAGAUGCCUUGGGAAAAACUCCAUUGAUCACGAUUCAUGAGACCAGGUCAAGUCACGAAAUAAAUAUCAGCGCUUGAGUUCCUCGAAGAAUAGCAAGUGGAUGAAGAAGUUCCAUUCAGGGAAAGAGCCAGUACGUUGGCUUUUCGGGGACUGAACCCAUUGAAAUAUUUAUCGGUCUUCUGCAAUGCUGUCUACUUUCUUCGUUGCUCUACGAGACUCUCGCCCAACCCAGGCUCUCUAGACUGGUUGCACCAGAAUGCGGUUGGGGUUGCCCAGUUGAAUGCACACCCAACUGAAAUGAAUGCAGUGCAAUAGACAACAUUUUCAACGAGAAUUCAAAUCCGUACUGUAUUCCCGAUCCAGCAAAUGAUAUGCAUGCAGAAGCCUUAAAAUAUGGGGAUGCCCUUAUGUGGGUCAGAGCAUUUUUGUUUCAUCUCAGUAUGCAAAAGAGCGCACAUUAGCCAACUGUUCUUUUUUUAAGGAAGCCUCUCAUGUUGCAUUAUUGAGAGCAAACUACCAUAAUUGUCACACUGCCUUGUUACAAAGUUCCUCACUUUUUUAUAAUGUACUGUGUGUGGGGAAAAAACAAACCAAAACUAUUUAUUUAAAGGCUAGAUAUUUCAACUGAUGAGUUUGUUUGGUUUUGAUAGUUUUUUUUAAAAUGAUCACUUGGACACUUUGCUGGACAAUUUCCAUUCAGGUCAUUCAUUCAUUGUUGCAUCCUUUGACUGAAAGGCAAUAAUUUCACUUGAAAGGGGGAGGGCAAUAGAUAAAGAGUUUUCACUUAACGUAUUCCUGUUAUAUACAUUUCUUAUUCAACCCUGAACAUGACUGAAAGACUGCAAGGUGAAGUCUCUGCAGCUGGUUAGCACUUAUGUACACUUAAGCAUUACUUAUUGAACACUUACUUUUUAAAUAGGAUAAUAAAUUUUCCAGAGAAGAAGCUAGCAUUUUUUAAUGUCCUAUCUUCAUUUUUUAAACAAGAAUACAGUGCAUCUGUAUAAAAACAUAUGCACCCUCUGGCACUGUACCAAGCAAGUAGUAAAAAGGAGUAACAGUAUGUUAAAACGUUGCCGGAACACUAUUUCCGUUAUCAAUUUCAAUUUGGCAACUCCUAGUCUUGAGCAAUUGUUACAGCUGCAAUCACUGUUCCUAGGACUAGGAUGAAGGACAAACACCUCUUUGCUGCUGGUAUUCUUAAAUUUUGGAAUGAAUCCUCUUUUGUUGCUCAGCAAUAUGAAGAACAGCAGAAGCUUGAAUAACAAAGAGUGUUUGUCUGAAAUCACGCUGGUUUUAACAAAAAGCAGUAUUGCACAAUUUUAGAAUAUGCACACUUUCAGAUUACGCACAAGCAUUACAUCCUUUGAAUCAGAACGUCAUGGACACAUGGACAAGCUAUAAAACAAAGGGGUCUUUACUAGCUUGCUCAGAAUACUUUACUAGUCAUUUCAGUUUUGUAGCCGAUAACUCAGUUAAAACAUAAAGCUGUUGUUUCAUGAGGAUACCUGAAAAAGCAUACCUGGAAAUAUAUAUGUACUGACCUUCUAGCUCUUGUUCGAGGGGCUAUCUGACAUUUAAUAUUUAUUGUUUGAGCAAAAACGUCACAAAUAAAUUGUUACCAAAAUCCUGUGUGGUGACAAAACUGUAGUCCAGUAUGCGCAUACCCCUGUCUAACACAACAGAAACGGAAUCCUUCAAGAACAUUCUUUUUAAAAAAGAAUGCAUAAUAGUUUAGCAGGCUCAAAAAUGAUUUCUGUGACCUUCUUUUUAGGCAGGAUAAUUCUGAUUUUGAUAACUAAGUAUUGAAGGAGAUCUAUAAAGAUGAGGCAGCGUUUCUUCUUGACGGAAGUUCAUACUUCCAUUUUCAAAUUCCUGAAAAGUGAGGGUUCAGUAUCUAUAAAUGUGUUACGAGAUGCACAUUUCAAGGCAAAAUCAAAUAUAAAUAUCAACAGCAUUUGAUCACCAAAUGGCAAAGUGUUUUAUAUGUGAGAAAAUAAAACUAGGCUUUAACUGUUCUUAUUUAUUAUCUGUAAAAUACCUGUAUGUAUAUGUGCCAAAAGGUUAGUUUGUAUAUAUUGCUGAAGUUAUCACGGCUAUAUGCAUAAUUAAAAAAAUAAGUGCCAAUUUUUCUAAAUGAGAAAUUAUCUAAAAAUUAUAUGAAAAAUGCUGCAAUGAAAAACCUUUUCCCCCUCCCCAAUACGCAUCUCCAUUUUGUACUACACUGAAAUAUGAAAGCUCAUUAAAAGUUAAUCUGGAAUAAAACCACUGGCAUGACUUUCUUUGGAAUAGGUGGGGAACUAUAACAGAUCAUACUUUCAGAAAGAAAUUGAGCAAUGCACUGGAAUAUAUGUGUGAAAUUAACACUUUCAUCCCGUCUGCAAGCAACAACCUGUCUCCAUAAACACGCCCUCUCUGAAUAGGAUGGGCAGUCCAUUCAUAUAAAUAAAAUCCCAGCAAAAUAUUGAGUAAAUGAAAACUUGGUGUGAUACAUUAGGGCAAUCCAUGGGAGGAAUCAGCCCUUUGCUGCUUCAAGGUAUUUCAAAUCAAUUGUUCAUAAGGUGCAAAUUGUCCUAGGAUCCCUACCAGAAGCUAAAUUAUGUAGAACGUUUGUGUGUUGCCUUAAAUCACUUGGCACUAAGGACAUACCUUACAUGCUGUUAACAGUUUCAUAUUAAUUAACUGUUGUGGCAUCCAUCAAAGAAUACCACCACCACCAUCACAAUUAUUUAUACCCUACCCAGUAAUCUGGGGAACCAGGUUCGCGUCUCCGCUCCAUCCAAACCCUUCAAACCCUUCUACCCAUCUGGCUGGGUUUCCCCAGCCACUCUGGACAGCUUCCAACAAAAUAUUAAAAAUACAAUAAAACAUUAAAAACUUCCCUAAACAGGGCUGCCUUCAAAUGUCUUCUAAAAGUCAGAUAGUUGUUUAUUUCCUUGACAUCUGAUGGGAGGACGUUUCACAGGGCGGGCGCCACUACCGAGAAGGCCCUCUGCCUGGUUCCAUGUAACCGCUUCUCACAGUGAGGGAACUGCCAGAAGACCCCACGGAGCUGGACUUCAGUGUCCGGGCUGAAUGAUGGGGGGUGGAGACGCUCCUUCAGAUAUACUGUGCCGAGGCUGUUUAGGGCUUUAAAGCUCAGCACCAACACUUUGA